AUGUCCACCCAAUAUGCCAGCGAGCCAAAUCCCACCGCGUCCGUCACACUAAAUACCACCAUCGGACCCAUCCACAUCGCCCUAUUCGCGAAUCAAGCUCCCCUCACAUCCAAAAACUUCCUCCAGCACUGUAAAGACAACUACUAUGCUGGAACGAUCUUCCACCGCAUCGCGCCCGGCUUCGUGAUCCAGGGAGGUGACCCUACGGGCACUGGAUCUGGCGGAACCUCCAUCUACGAAUACCCCGAGUUCGAGUAUGACCCUGAAGCUCGCGACCCCAACGAGCGGGUAGUAUUGCGAGAUGAGAUACACAGUCGUCUGCGCUUCAACCGGCGAGGACUAGUCGGUAUGGCGAAGAGCGAAGAUGGGUCAUAUGGAAGUCAAUUCUUUAUCACGCUAGGUAAUACCGAGCGCGAGAUGAACGGGCAAUGCACACUUUUUGGACGAUUGGAGGGCGACAGUAUUUUCAACGUGCUGAAGAUCGCCGACGGUGACCGCGUGGAAGGAACCGAGCGACCAAUUUAUCCGAUAAAGGUGACCUCCUGCGAGGUUGGGGAAUUAGGCCCACUGGCCGGCAAGUUGAAGGAUAGGAAAAUCACAUCCACAACGUCAGGGGGAGACAAGCCCGCGCCCAAGAAAAAGAAGAAGGCAGCCAAAGGAGGAAAGGCCUUGCUCAGCUUUGGCGGAGAUGAAGGUGAAGAAGAGAUGCCCAUACGUCCCGCGAAACCCAAGUUCAACACAAAGCUCGUUUCCGAUGUCCCGGGCGGUAUAAGCGAAUCCCAGAAGGAACCAAAUACACAAACGAAACAGCGUAAACGGCCACGCUCACCAUCCCCGAAACGAUCUCAGUCCCCACCGCGUAAACAACGCAUCAAGACACCCGAGCCAGAAACUCAACUCCCACUCCAAGAUCCGGAAUCGCCUACUCGUUCCCCUUCUCCACCUGUCAAGGAGUCCAAGGUCUCCCGAAUGAAUGCCGAAUAUGCUUCCUUGAAAGCAUCUAUGCGUCGAAAUGUGGAGACCGGACCCGCCGACAGCGGCCGUAAGAAGACGGCGCUGGAAGCCAUGAUCCCUGAAACCGCAAUUCGAGGUCGUAGGCGACCACCGCCUGGUUCUAAUGGGGCAGCAUCGGGCUCUGCCCCCAGGAGUGCUGCAGAACGGGAUGCGCUACAGAUGUUCAAUGCCUUCAAGGCGAAGCUGGAAAGCGCCGAGCCCAAAUCCUCAACGUCCUCACAUAACAACGGGGAUGUGAAGGAGUCAAGGAACGCCCGGAACCAAGAUGAUGAUGAGGAGGAGGAGGAGGAGGAGGCUCAACUUUGUGAUUUACAUUUCAUCGCAAAUUGCCAAUCCUGUCAGUCCUGGGAUGAUCCCGAAGAGGCGGAUGAUGAUGCAGACAAAGAGGACGGGGGAUGGUUGAGCCACGAAUUACGCUUCAAUAAGGAUACCCUGGGCAAGGACCUGAAAUGGAAGAAAGAGAACCCUGGUGAUAUCGACUCACUGAUGGUCAUUGAUCCCCGGGAGAAAGAGAAGGAUCUGACGAGUGGCGGACGGAAGCGAGGGUUCCAGCGGGAUCGGGAAAGAGAACGAAAGAAGGAACGUGCUGGGGAGCUGGAAUGGGAUCGUGAGAAGAAGUAG